GUCAAGUCAAGUCGAGUCGAGUCGACAAGAACAGUGCACUCACCGCCCCACCGCAUCCAUCCCUCGACCCCAUCCACUCUCUCAGAAAGGCACAUAACGACCGUCCGGCCGACCCAGCUUGUGAUUCUCUGAUUCAGCGGUCGUGUCGGUGGUGUCGCUUGUGCUGUCAACGUCAGUGUCCUCUUGUGGAUCGGUUGGUUUGCCCACCACACGCACGUCGGUAAGCGCCGCUGCUGGCGCCUGGGCCGAUGACGCUUUUGGCACAGGGGCGGAGGGGGCAUGUGUUGUCGUCGUCGUUCUCUCCCACGGAGUUUGGCCGGCACGGUUUUUUCCAGCACAGAUCCCAUAGAUGACGACCAGGACCAAGAAGGAGGGGCAAAUGUAGGUCAUGAAGUCGGCGGGCGAAGAGGGGGGACAGGCAUCGCCCUCCAGUCUCUCAUUCUUGGCGUCGAAGCACACGUCAAAGUCAGUGGAGCUCCGCCAGUGGGUGACGGCCACAAUCAUCAUGGCCAAUGCCAACGUCAACGAGGUGCAGCCGUAGAUGACAUCGGACCAGUGGUUCCCGGCUCGCAGCAAGCAGAGGGCACCCACGAGGAGGAGCAGGGGAACGACGCAGCCAAUCACGACGUACACAAAGAUGCCUGCACCCCUGAAAUCCCGCCACAUGGCAGCCGCCUUGUGGUCGUCCCGGGCCGAGCUCUUCUUCAUCAACCAGCCGUAGGACGCAACGCACCUGCAGCAGCUGCCGUGCCCCUCGCAACUCUGGAAGUCCUGGCGGCCGAAGGGCGACUCGAUACUCUGCCGCUCGCACCGGAGGGCGUAGUUGGCCGGUCCCCCAACACCAAUUGUCAGACGGUAGCGCUGCAGCCCGUAGCUUUGCGACAGGUCCGCGUAGUGAUGCGCGACGGACACCUGGUAAGCCCCCGUGGUGAGAUCCUGCUCGAUAGAGUGAAUAUGGUACUUGAAGUGCCUCCUUGACUCGACUCGCCACCCCGGCAACAUAAUGGGGAAGAUCGCAGCGAGGACCACAAUGAGGAAAGCCAGCGCUCUCAGAGCUAGCUUUUUGGCUGGAACGCCCUCCAUG